AUGGCCAGGACAAUACCACCAGAGAUGACCUGGUUGACAAAGAGAACAAGGCAGGAGGACGACCUUGGUCGCAGCGACACGGGCGCAAGGCGGCAUCAUCACCACGAUAGGCAGAAAUUUCGUCAGACUCCUCAUGGCGUGGAUAUCCUUGACACAUUCGACAUCGCUCGUCUUCUCGGAAGAACAACACAACAUCCGACGUUGAUGAGACGCCGUCAAUCAAUAGGCCCGCGCAACGAAGCCUGUCGUUCUUUCGACUCUUUUCAACUUCCAGAAAAAGUCCCGUCCCACCACACCACCGUCACCACUAGCCACACUAUGUCGAUGUCAAUAUCAUUACGCCUUCAGAGGGGCAUCAAACCCUUGUCCCCAAUCUCCUCUGACUUUUCCUCGGCUCUGCUGGCUCUUGUCGUGAUGUUGGAGGGGGUUGUCGCCCAAAUGCUCGAAGGAACGACGUUGAAAAUUUCCCCAUCGGGCCAAGCGCGGUCGCUCAACGCCCGCCAAUCACGAUUAUUUCUACGCUUGAUGGUCUUCCUGAUGUAA